CGCGUUUUGUCAAAGCGUCAUGUCUCAACGACCACGGAGACGUGUUGUUGCGUGUGUUGAUGGCACCUGGUAUGACGCCGAUGGCCAAGAAGGCAACGAUAGCUCGCGGCCCGGUCAAGAAUGAGGACAGUGAGAUGGUCGAACAGGCCUUUGGAGAAAUUCAACUGUGGUGUUACUGGAGAAGGCUGUGCAGAAUAGAUAGCUCGUGUUUACAAGNNUACUGCUGUCGUCACAUUGAGGGACCCGAAGACGAUCUGUGGUUUUACGGCUUCAGCCGUGGUGCAUNNCUAACAGAGCCAGAUGUUGUGACUGCGGUAGCGGGACUGCUAGAAAAGAUAGGUGCUUUGGUCUACGAUGAGGAUUUCGACAAAACUUAUGAGACGGCUCUGAGCCUGCACAAGGCCAUCCAGAUGGGUCAUAGUACCCAAAAAUCGAGGAGAUGCCCGAGGAUCAACUUUCUUGGCCUUCUGGAUACCGUGAAGCGUAUCAACAGCGAUCUCGAUUCGACAACACACUCGUUGGCUUUCCACGAUUCUCUCCAACAUGUCCGUCAUGCUCUCGCGCUGAACGAUACACGUUCGCACUUUAAGCCGGAAAUGUACAGCUCGAUUCCCGACAGCGAAGCACUCCGAGGUCGAUCUCUGAUCCAGGCCUGGUUUGUGGGUGCACACGCAGAUAUAGGGGGCGGAGCAAGAGACGAUGGGCUCUCGCUGUAUCCCCUCCAGUGGCUUUUGAUUGAGAGUGAACACCAAGGUCUCGUUCUGCAGCACAAUUCUCAGACAGCACUGAUAGAGGAUCCUCUAACUUUGGUCAUUCCGUCUCGAAAGUCUGGGUUAAUAAGCGACGGAGCCGCUACACCAAGCGCAGCAUGGGAAUAUCACUAUGCAAACGGUGUAAAGGUUCAGAUGCAUAACCUGAGUGNNUCCCAUAACCACGGAAACAUGCAAGCGCUGACAAAGCUGGCAAAGAAGAGACCUGGCUUCGACAUCUAUAAGAGGUCUAAUACGAUCGCGACUCCGACGCCCAAGGAACCAACCACGGCAGUCAGCACUUUUGAUUCCUCAAGGCGGCACAGUGAGGGUGACACCCAGCGCAAGAAGAGCGGGUUCAUACGCGGACUUUUCGGGAAGAAGAAGUUCAUGGACGCAUCUUCGGGUCCGACAGCUCCUACAAGCCCCCGAGAGCUCGAUAAGAUCGUUGAGUCAACCCCUAACGAACCUGCACCAGUACGACACACUGUUCGUCUGAACCCAGGGUUCCCGCGCGUCACUUUCCAGUCGUCCCGAAACCCGUUCCGCAACGGCAGGCUAGAAAACCACAUCGAAAGCAAGCAUGGUAUGGAUGUCGGUAUUCUGAAGGUGUUUCACGAA